AUGAAAAUGACCAUUUUGGUAACAUUUUGCCUGAUUGGAGCAGCUUUUGCCAACCCAAGUUCAGAGUCCGACUCGUCAGAAUCCACAUCAGAGGACGAGACUUCAGAGGAGAGUGACAGUCAUUCACUUGAGGACAGGGCCACUUCAAGUGCAGAGACCAGAGAUGACAGUCUGGCCAGUGAGGAGAACAUUAGAAAGAGUUGGAUGCGAGUGUUUGCAAGAGUAACCAAGGUCCUGAGCGCCGAGGACAACAGCAGCAUAGAGGCCCAGGACGAGUCAGAUAAUCUCAGCACUUUUGACACCUUCACCAGCACCGGAGCCCACAGCAACAAGAACCUCUCACUGGGGGAAACUCCAGACAUCAGAGAUAACAGUGAUACCAGUGACAGUGACAGCACGGACACCAGUGACCUUACUGGUACCGUCGAUGCCACCAAGAGCAGCGACAGCACCAGUAGUGAAAGCAGUGAGACCAGUGACAGCAGCGAUACCAGUGACGUUACUGCCAAAGACUGCUUAAAGGUGGACAGCACUGAAUGUGAAAGUGAGGAGUAUUUUUUUGAGAAUAUAGGCGAUGAUGCUCAUUACUCGGUGGAUGAUCAAAUGGUACCCGAUGAGGAUCAUAGAGAGUUAAGCUUGCGCAGAUGA